AUGGCGGCUCAAAAUUUCGUUCCUGAGCAAGUGGAUGGAUGGUCACCCACAGGCCAUCUUCCCAAAGGUGUCAGUUUGAAAACUAUCCAGGAGGAAACCCGUGUCGAAGAAUUUCAACGUAUUAUGUUAUGCAAUUUCACAGUACGCGAACUUGUUGAUUUAGAUGUAGUUAGUGGUAGAAUUCUCGAAGGAUCUCUCAUGAUCCCUACUCAUCCUAUAUUUUCGAAAAAUGUAUGGGAACAGUAUGGUCAGAGGCCACUUCAUUGGCCCCAGCAAACCCCAGAAGUAAUAAAAUGUGGAUGGUUCUAUUUGACGAACGUUAAUGUAUUCAAUGCUAUGAUGCCCGUUUUGACUUUAGCAAGUGCAUUUCUUUCCAGAAUGCAUGCUGUACCUCACGCCAAUAAUUUCGCAGAAUGUGAGAAGGCUUUUAGUACAGCUAUGAAAAAAUUACACAAAAAGGUAAAAUGGGGUUUUGCUCCAGGCAAUCAUAUGCCAUGGGAUGAGGUUCCUGUGCCAGGUUCGGGUUGUUUAGGUGUCACUCAUGAAGGAAAAGAUUGUUAUGACAAAGAUGUUAUCUGGAUUUAUAUAGAUCAGAGACUCUGUGAUAUACUGUUGAGAACGGAUUUGACCUCUGGGGAAAAAGCCGGCGCUCAAUAUCUCCUAGCAAUCGUCAUGUGUCAUGAGUUGACACAUGCUAUUUGGUAUGCUAUUGGGGAUCAAAAGCUUAACCAAGAUUAUGAACCAUUCUUUGAGGAUUCCUCUCAGUGUGAACUGGGAUAUGAAAUGGAGAAUAGUGUAUUCGGUGGUCUCGUCGAACCAGUCUUUCAUGCACCUUCAGCUCCUUUUGCGUACGCCAUGGGCUCCACGUAUCCGAAUUAUGGUAGUAUGGGACAGCGGAUUCCUAAAACACUUAUUAUGAACAAGGCUAAACCAUAA